UAUUUACCUUAAGAAUGUUCCUGGAAGGAAUUAUUUUGACUUGUUCUUAUCUUGUUUGGUUUUUUUUACAAAGAUACACGCUGUGGGGGUUUUGUUUUCCAAGAGUCUUUCAGCAGUAUUUUUAUUUUAUUCCACAGAGAUGCGUUUAAAAGAUCCACAGUUUGCUUUGGGUUGCACUUUAAUUCUCUUCUAAUUAAAAAUGAGAAGCAGUGAUUUAUAUGGAUCAAUAUAUAAUAUAAUAUAUAUAUAUAAUAUAAUUAUAUAUAUUAUAUAAUUUAUUUUUUUGAACCACGUCUGAUUAUUUAAAUGACAUUGACCCAGUCAGUGAAAAAGACUAGACUACAUUAAAAACAAGCAGUGGACUUAUUAAGAGCACGGACGGAGUCCACCGCUAGGGGUCAGCACCGUGCCGCUGGCCGCCUUAACAACUGGAAGGGCGGAGACUCUCAGCUGCGACGAUGAGCAAAAAGUGAGGACGAUCAAGUUUGGAAAUGUUGAGGAUUUUCUCGUCUUCGACUCCUUUGUUGUCUCCCUGACGUGUAGCCCGCCGAGGACUGCCGAGGCCCGCGUCAAGUCCCCGCAGCGCUUGGCCUGCUGCCGGCCGGCAUGGCCGAAGCACAAAGACCGACGAGCGGAUCGAACAAUGGCAACCUGCCGCUGACGUGCACGGCUCGUCGCGAUGAGGUGGUGGUGUCAUCCGUGGAGCAACCGGACCCGAACCAGUCCCGAGUGUUGUGAUGGUUGCGUGAGAGGAACGCUUCCAGUCCCGAACAGAGAGCUACGCGUCCGUGCUUGCGUGAGCAGAAGGAUUACACAGCCGAGCGUCGCCAUGUGCAGCCCGGCUACACGCUGGUGGAGAGCCGCUGUUUGCUUCUGGAUGCUAACGCUCCUACGCACCUCCGCAGGUGUCAAUGUGUGCAUGAGUGGCAGCGCUACUUCCUGUGAAGAAUGUCUCCUGAUCCACCCCAGUUGCGCCUGGUGUGCCCAAGAGGACUUUGGGAGGGGGCGCACCCUGAACUCCCGUUGCGACUUCCUCCAAAAUCUGCACAAGCGAGGCUGCGAGAGCCGCUUCCUGGAGUACCCCAGCAACACCAUGACGAUCCAGCAGAACCUGCCUCUGAGCUCCAAAGGGUCUGGCUCCACGCAGUUCGACGUGGUCCAGAUGAGUCCGCAGAGGAUCUCCCUCAGCUUGCGACCAGGGCAGCAGACGUGGUUUGAGCUGCAGGUUCGGCAGGUGGAGGAUUACCCGGUGGACCUCUACUACCUGAUGGACCUCUCGCUCUCCAUGAAGGACGACCUGGAAACCAUCCGCAACCUGGGCACCAAGCUGGCCAAGGAGAUGGGUCAGCUCACCAGCAACUUCAGGAUGGGCUUUGGCUCCUUCGUGGACAAGAACAUGUCACCCUUCUCCUACACGGCUCCCAAGUACCAGGAGAACCCCUGCAGUGGGUACAAGCUGUUCCCCACCUGUGUGCCCUCCUUCGGCUUCCGCCACAUCCUGUCACUGACGGACCAGGUGGAUCGUUUCAACGAGGAGGUGCAGAAGCAGAUGGUCUCUCGCAACCGGGACGCACCCGAGGGAGGCUUCGACGCCAUCCUGCAGGCAGCCGUUUGUAAGGAUGAGAUCGGCUGGAGGAAGGGGGCCUACCACCUGCUGGUCUUCGCCACAGACGAUGUGCCUCACCUGGCUCUGGACGGGCGGCUGGGCGGCCUGGUGCAGCCUCAUGAUGGCCGCUGUCACCUGGACCGGCAAAACCAGUACAGCGCCUCCACCAGCAUGGACUAUCCCUCCCUGGCACUGCUGGGGGAGAAACUGGCGGAAAACAACAUUUUCCUCAUAUUUGCCGUCACAAAGCGCCUGUACGUGAUUUAUAAGAACUUCACGGCGCUCAUACCUGGCACCACCGUGGAGAUCCUGGACCAGGACUCCAAGAACGUCAUCCAGCUCAUCAUCACCGCCUACCACAACAUCCGCUCCAAAGUGGAGCUGACGGUGUGGGACCAGCCCGAAGACCUCAGCCUGUCCUUCAGCGCCACCUGCCAGGACGGCCAGGCAUUGGCCGGCCUCAGGAAGUGUGCCGACUUAAAAAUAGGCGACACGGUGUCGUUUAACGUGAGCGUGGAGGCAAGGGGCUGCCCCCCUGCGGGAACCGACCACACGUUCACCAUCAAGCCGGUGGGCUUCAAAGACCGCCUGCGCGUUGCCGUGGACUACCAGUGCGACUGCGGCUGCACCCGGGCGGCCAAAACCAACAGCAGCAUCUGCAGCUCCGUCGGCACGUACAAGUGCGGGACAUGCCGGUGCGAGCCGGGCCACCUGGGCGCCCGCUGCGAGUGCCAGGAGGGCGAGGUCGGCAGCGGCUACUCGGCCGCCUGCCGCGAGGCCGAGGGCAAGCAGUUGUGCAGCGGGCGUGGCGAGUGCAGCUGCAACCAGUGUCUGUGCUACGAGUCCGAGUUCGGAAAGAUCUACGGCAGCUUCUGCGAGUGCGACGACUUCUCCUGCGCCAGGCACAAAGGCGUCCUCUGCUCAGGCCACGGCGAGUGUCACUGCGGCGAGUGCACGUGCCACGCCGGCUACGUGGGCGACAACUGCAACUGCUCCACGGACACGGCGGCGUGCGUGGCCGACGACGGGCAGAUGUGCAGCGGGCGGGGUCACUGCGUGUGCGGACGAUGCCGGUGCACGCAGCCGGGCGCCUUCGGGGACACGUGCCAGAAAUGUCCGACCUGUCCCGACGCCUGCGACACCAAAAGGGAAUGCAUCGAGUGUCAUCUUUCCAACUCGGGAGCGCCGUCUUCCAAUUGGACAUGCCAGCGUCUGUGCAAGGACGAGAUCGUCAUGGUGGAGACGCUCGAAACGGAGCAGGCGGGCGCCGUCUUGUGCCUCUACAAGACGCAGGACGACUGCGUGAUGAAGUUCACAUACUCGGAGCACGCCAGCGGCCUCUCCGUUCUCACCGCCCUCACCCAACCAGAGUGCGGCGGCGGUCCCGACGCCCUCAUGGUUCUUCUGGCGGUGGUGGGCAGCAUCCUGCUGGUGGGCGUGGUCCUGCUGGCCGUCUGGAAGGCGGUCAUCACCGUGCACGACCGCCGGGAGUUUGCGCGCUUCCAGAGCGCUCGCUCGCGCGCACGAUACGAGAUGGCCUCCAACCCGCUCUACAAGCAGGCGGCGUCCGGCUUCCUGGAGACGGACUUCGACACGUUCGGCGUCGGGCCCUACAACGGCAGGAUGUGCAACGCAAACGUACGCUGAAGGACGCCGCUGACAGUUAGCCGCCAGCUAAGCUAGCACAUGUGUAUGUUUUCAUCGUUUUUUUUCCCACACCAAAAACAUUCUCGGCGACUUCCCAACCUUCCCGAAUAUCGGCACACUUUUCCGCUCCAGACUUCACUUUCAGCUUCCUUCUUCUCCUUGUGCGUUUUCCCGGAGAUGGCGUUCCCCUGCUUCCCGAUUUGGCUAGGAUGAGCUUCAUCGGGGGUGUCCGCGCCUUUUGUAGUCCAAGUGAAAGGAUGCUACAAUCGGGCGACUUAGCUCGGCUUUCAUCGUUAGCAGGGGUGUCACAUGACCUCACCAUCGGUCACCAAUCAACAAAAAGGAUCAAAAUAUCGCCAUGUGCGUGCGUGUCUGGCAGGAAGAGGGCUCACUCUGUGCACCUUGACGCAGUUGCUCCGUAGAACAACGGCAUGAACAGAACGAGCUGUUUUGUGUAGGCGGGGCCGCCUGCAUACACACAGAGUGUCACCUGGUAGAAAUAGUAAAUAUUAGAUUGCACUAUGUUGUCGGACUUUUCACUGUGUUUUUCUUAAAAGACCCAACCUGACCAAUCAGAAUCAUCGUUUUAUCCGGACCAGGACGCCGAGGGGCCGCACGUUGGACACCCCUGUCGUGCACGGACGUGCAGGAGGGAGUUGUGUUUGUGUGGACGUCUUCCUCCGCUUCUUGCUAACAAGUCACGCUACACAACAACAACACAAUAAAAGAGCUUGUCUGAGUAGAAAGUG